AUGGAGAGCGGCAACGGGACGCCCCUGGCCGGGGCACUCGGGGCGGCGGCCGAAUCCCCCCAGUGCCGGUUGCCGCCCGGAGGGGAGGGCGCGACGGGGCUGGCUGAGCCCGACCGAGCCGCGGAGGACGCUGCAGCAGGCAGCUGCGGCGGGAGCGGGGGCGGGCCACCGCGGGCUCUGCGGGCAAUAUACGUGCGCAGCGAGAGCUCCCAAGGCGGCGCCGUCGGCGGCCCUGAGGCCGGGGCUCUGCAGUGCCUGCUUCGGGCCUGCGAGGCUGAGGGCGCCCACCUCACCUCCGUGCCCUUCGGGGAGCUAGACUUCGGGGAGACGGCGGUGCUCGAUGCCUUCUACGAUGCAGAUGUUGCUGUUGUAGACAUGAGUGACUUCUCCAGACAGCCUUCCCUCUUCUACCAUCUUGGAGUCCGUGAAAGCUUUGACAUGGCCAAUAAUGUGAUCCUGUACCAUGAUACCGAUGCCGACACAGCACUGUCACUGAAGGAUAUGGUAACUCAAAAAAACACAGCAUCUAGUGGAAAUUAUUAUUUCAUCCCCUACAUUGUGACACCAUGCGCUGAUUAUUUUUGCUGUGAGAGUGACGCCCAGAGGCGAGCCUCGGAGUACAUGCAGCCCAACUGGGAUACCAUUCUGGGCCCGCUGUGCAUGCCCCUGGUGGACAGGUUCAUUAGCCUCCUCAAGGACAUCCAUGUGACCUCAUGUGUUUAUUACAAAGAAACCUUGUUGAAUGACAUCCGGAAAGCCAGAGAGAAAUACCAGGGUGAUGAACUGGCAAAGGAGCUGGCUCGGAUCAAACUCCGCAUGGAUAAUAUUGAAGUUCUGACAUCAGACAUCAUCAUUAAUUUACUCCUGUCCUACCGUGAUAUCCAGGACUAUGAUGCGAUGGUCAAGCUGGUAGAAACUCUGGAGAUGCUGCCUACAUGUGAUUUGGCUGAUCAGCAUAACAUUAAAUUCCACUAUGCAUUUGCAAUGAAUCGGAGAAACAGUGCAGGUGACCGUGAGAAGGCUCUUCAGGUCAUGCUCCAGGUUCUGCAGAGCUGUGACCACCCAGCUCCUGACAUGUUUUGCCUGUGUGGGAGGAUCUACAAGGAUAUCUUCUUGGAUUCAGACUGUAAAGAUGCUGCCAGCAGAGACAGUGCCAUUGAGUGGUAUCGCAAGGGGUUUGAACUGCAGUCAUCUCUUUAUUCGGGAAUUAACCUUGCAGUUUUGCUGAUUGUUGCUGGACAACAAUUUGAAACUUCCAUGGAACUAAGGAAAAUAGGUGUUCGACUGAAUAGUUUGUUGGGAAGAAAAGGGAGCUUGGAGAAAAUGAACAAUUACUGGGAUGUUGGCCAGUUCUUCACUGUCAGCAUGUUGGCCAAUGAUGUCGGGAAGGCGGUGCAAGCAGCAGAGAGGCUAUUCAAGCUGAAACCUCCAGUCUGGUAUCUGCGAUCAUUAGUUCAGAACUUGUUAUUAAUUCGGCGCUUCAAGAAACCCAUUAUUGAACAUUCACCUAGGCAAGAACGGCUUACCUUCUGGUUAGAUAUAAUUUUUGAAGCAACAAAUGAAGUUAGUAAUGGACUCAGAUUUCCAGUUCUGGUGAUAGAGCCAACCAAAGUCUACCAGCCUUCUUAUGUUUCUAUCAACAAUGAAGCUGAGGAGAGAACAGUUUCUUUAUGGCAUGUAUCACCCACAGAAAUGAAACAAAUCCACGAAUGGAAUUUUGCAGCCUCUUCAAUUAAAGGAAUAAGCCUAUCUAAGUUUGAUGAACGGUGUUGUUUUCUUUAUGUCCAUGAUAACUCUGAUGACUUUCAAAUCUACUUUUCCACUGAAGACCAGUGUAGUAGGUUUUGCUUUUUGGUGAAAGAGAUGCUAACCAAUGCAUCAGGCAGUACAGUGGAGCUGGAAGGAGAGGCUGAUGGAGACACCUUAGAGUAUGAGUAUGACUAUGAUGCAAAUGGGGAGAGAGUUGUUUUGGGGAAAGGAACCUACGGGAUUGUGUAUGCUGGCCGAGACCUGAGCAAUCAAGUGCGAAUAGCCAUCAAAGAAAUCCCAGAGAAAGACAGCAGGUACUCUCAGCCUCUGCAUGAGGAGAUAGCCCUGCAUAAAUACCUCAAGCACCGCAAUAUUGUCCAGUACCUGGGCUCGGUUUCAGAGGAUGGCUACAUCAAGAUAUUUAUGGAGCAGGUGCCCGGAGGAAGCCUCUCUGCUCUUUUGCGAUCCAAAUGGGGGCCAAUGAAGGAGCCCACUAUCAAGUUUUAUACCAAACAGAUCCUGGAAGGCCUUAAGUAUCUCCAUGAAAACCAGAUAGUACACAGAGACAUAAAGGGUGAUAAUGUUCUGGUAAACACCUACAGUGGAGUGGUGAAAAUCUCUGAUUUUGGAACCUCUAAACGUCUCGCAGGAGUGAACCCAUGCACAGAAACCUUUACUGGUACUCUGCAGUAUAUGGCACCUGAGAUUAUUGAUCAAGGACCUCGUGGGUAUGGUGCCCCAGCUGAUAUCUGGUCUCUGGGCUGCACCAUCAUUGAGAUGGCCACCAGCAAGCCUCCAUUCCAUGAGCUUGGUGAACCACAGGCAGCAAUGUUCAAAGUGGGAAUGUUUAAGAUCCACCCUGAGAUUCCAGAAGCUCUUUCAACUGAAGCCAGAACCUUCAUCUUAUUCUGUUUUGAGCCUGACCCUCAAAAACGGGCCACUGCCACUGAUCUACUCAGAGAGGGUUUCUUAAGGCAGGUGAACAAGGGCAAGAAGAACCGAAUUGCUUUCAAGCCCUCAGAAGGAACCCGCAUUGUCACCAGUGCCCUGGCCCUGCCGUCACCAGGGGAACCUCUGGGCAGUAGCAGCAGCGAGCAUGGCUCCAUCUCCCCAGACUCUGAUGCCCAGCCUGAUACAUUCUUUGAGAGGACACAGGUGCCCAAGCACCAGCUCAGUCACUUUCUCAGCGUUCCAGACGAGAGCUCAGCCUCAGAAGACCGGAACGCACCUUUGUCCCCAGACGACAGGGACCAGGGCCUCUUUCUGCUGCGCAAGGACAGUGAGCGCCGUGCCAUCUUGUACAAAAUCCUUUGGGAAGAGCAGAAUCAGGUGGUUUCUAACUUGCAGGAGUGUGUGACCCAGAGCUCAGAGGAGUUGCAUCUCUCAGUUGGUCAUAUCAAGCAAAUAAUCGGGAUCUUGAGAGACUUCAUUCGCUCCCCAGAGCACAGGGUGAUGGCAUCCACAAUAUCAAAGUUGAAGGUGGACCUGGAUUUUGACAGCUCAUCCAUCAAUCAGAUUCACCUGGUACUGUUUGGAUUUCAGGAUGCUGUAAAUAAAAUUUUGAGGAACCACUUAAUUAGGCCCCACUGGAUGUUUGCAAUGGAUAACAUCAUCCGCAGAGCAGUGCAAGCUGCGAUCACCAUUCUUAUCCCAGAGCUCCGAGCUCACUUUGAGCCUACGUCUGAGACCGAAGGGGUAGAUAAGGACACAGAUGAAGUGGAAGACGACUAUCCCUUAGUAGACCUGCCUGGAAGCGAAGCCCAGCCCCACCAGCAGCUCCUGAGCCUCCAGCUGAGCAAGCUCAGGCAGGAGAGCAACAGACUCUUGGAACACCUAGUCCAAAAAGAGAGAGAGUACCAGAAUCUUCUACGGCAAACGCUAGAACAGAAAACUCAAGAAUUAUAUCACCUUCAAUUACAAUUCAAUUAUAAUGGUAUGACAAAGAACCUAGCACCCCCUCCUAGGCAGGGAACUGAUAAAGAGCUUAUAGACUGGCUACAACUGCAAGGAACAGAUGCAAAUACAAUUGAAAAGAUUGUUGAAGAAAAUUAUACACUUUCUGAUAUUCUUAACGAUAUCACUAAGGAAGACUUACGAUGCCUUAGACUACGUGGUGGUGUCCUCUGUCGUCUGUGGCACGCAGUCUCCCAGUACAGAAGGCAGGCUCAGGAGUCCUCAGUGACAGAGGACUAGGCUUAAUCACACUCAGCUAAGCUGGGAGGACACAGUGAGCACAUAUCCUCCUGCUUGUGGUUAAAGCUUCUUCUGUACAUGUAUACACAAAUUCUGCUCAGUUUACACAAGAAAAAGAUGUGUUCAAUUAAUUCAAGAAUCUGGUGAAGUUUGUCAUUUUUUUGUGUCAUUUUUUAAAACCUAUUAUUUAUGAAUGUUUUAAAGAUUAUAUAGAACUGUAUGUAAUGUGAAUAGUGAGCUUUAGUUUUGAUAUCCUAGAGUAUUAGGAGAAUCUCAGAAAAAGAGACUCAGCAUUCUGUUAUUUUAAAUACAAUGGUAGUUUAAAAUGAGACAGGUGUUGUAGGGUAAGCAUUAUUAACUAGUAUAGAACCUAAAUGUGAUAGGACUGUAACCACUGAUGUGUAAAUGGAGAAAACUAGUUGUUUGGCCUUUCACCUGUUGCCUGGUUAUAAUAAUAAAAAAAAUAUGAAGAAA